AAAGCUUGGCACCCGGAACCUUUGUACUCGCGCUUCCCAGCGCUCGGGCACUAUUGGGCGUUACGCGGCGGCAGGGGCGGGGCUGGUUGCCAGGACGACGCCUGCCAAGAUGGCCGCUGUGUCCUCAUCGGAUACCGACGGCUGCGGAGCUGAGAGCAAUGAGGCCAAUUCGAAAUGGUUGGAUGCGCACUACGACCCAAUGGCCAACAUCCACACCUUUUCUGCCUGCUUAGCGCUGGCAGAUUUGCAUGGGGAUGGGGAAUACAAGCUGGUGGUAGGAGACCUUGGCCCUGGUGGGCAGCAGCCCCGCCUGAAGGUGCUCAAAGGACCACUGGUGAUGACCAAAAGCCCGCUACCUGCUCUACCAGCUGCGGCCGCCACCUUCUUCAUGGAGCCACAUGAGCCCCGGACCCCAGCUCUGGCACUUGCUUCAGGCCCUUGUGUCUAUGUGUAUAAGAAUCUCAGACCCUACUUCAAGUUCAGCCUGCCCCAAUUGCCUCCAAACCCUCUGGAACAAGACCUUUGGAACCAGGCCAAAGAGGACCAGAUCGACCCCUUAACCCUGAAGGAGAUGCUGGAGAGCAUCCGCUGCUAUGCUGGCCCCUCUCUUUGCAGCGAGACAGCAGAGGAGCCUUUAUCCGUCCAGUCACUCAGUUUUCUGCAGCUGGAGCUGAGUGAAAUGGAGGCAUUUGUAAACCAACACAAGUCCAAGUCCAUCAAGCGGCAGACAGUCAUCACCACCAUGACCACCUUGAAGAAGAACCUGGCUGACGAGGAUGCUGUGUCUUGCCUGGUGCUGGGCACUGAGAACAAGGAGCUCCUGGUGCUUGACCCCGAGGCCUUCACCAUUUUAGCAAAGAUGAGCCUUCCCAGCGUCCCCGUCUUCCUAGAGGUUUCUGGCCAGUUUGAUGUCGAAUUCCGGCUUGCUGCGGCCUGCCGCAAUGGAAACAUCUACAUUAUGAGAAGAGACUCCAAGCACCCCAAGUACUGCAUCGAGCUGAGCGCCCAGCCUGUAGGACUUGUCCGAGUACACAAGAUCCUGGUUGUGGGCAGCACCCAAGACAGCCUGCACGGCUUCACCCACAAGGGUAAGAAGCUGUGGACAGUGCAGAUGCCCGCAGCCAUCCUGACCAUGAACCUCCUGGAGCAGCAUUCCCGGGGCCUGCAGGCCGUCAUGGCUGGGCUGGCCAAUGGAGAGGUUCGCAUUUAUCGCGACAAGGCCCUGCUCAACGUCAUCCGCACCCCGGAUGCAGUGACCAGCCUUUGCUUUGGCCGUUAUGGGCGGGAGGACAACACCCUCAUCAUGACCACACGAGGCGGCGGACUGAUCAUCAAAAUCCUGAAGCGUACAGCAGUGUUUGUAGAGGGAGGAAGUGAGCUGGGUCCCCCACCAGCCCAGGCCAUCAAACUCAGUGUGCCUCGAAAGACCCGGCUUUAUGUGGAUCAGACACUGCGAGAGCGGGAGGCUGGCACCGCCAUGCACCGGGCCUUCCAGACAGAUCUCUACCUGCUGCGCCUGCGGGCUGCCCGCACCUACCUGCAGGCCCUUGAGUCCAGCCUGAGCCCCGUGUCCACGACAGCCCGAGAGCCACUGAAGCUGCACGCCAUGGUUCAGGGCCUGGGCCCCACCUUUAAGCUCACACUUCACCUGCAGAACACCUCGACAGCCCGUCCUAUCCUGGGGCUGCUGAUCUGCUUCCUGUACAACGAGGCGCUCUAUGCCCUGCCCCGGGCCUUCUUCAAGGUACCCUUGCUGGUGCCAGGGCUCAGCUACCCCCUGGAGACCUUUGUGGAGAGUCUCAGUAACAAGGGAAUCUCAGACAUCAUCAAGGUGCUGGUCCUUCGAGAAGGCCAAAGCGCACCCCUGCUGAGCGCCCACGUCAACAUGCCCGGGAGUGAGGGGCUGGUGGCCACCUGAGCCCUGGGCUGCUGUGAAAGCCACUGAGCAAUCAGCCAGGGAGAACUGGGCAGGUUCAGUGGCCCCAGGCCCAUUCUUCAUGCAGCAGUGCACUGGGGUGACAGCUUGUCUCCCCUCUCCUAAGCACCCCCUUUCUUACCACCCCCACCACUGGGCCUAUAGUAGCAGUGAGUACCCUAAGCUGCUCGACUCCUCCUUCAGGACCAACCAGGCAUUGGUCCCCCGAGCUCCUGCUACGCCCUCCCCCUCCCCAGCCUUUUGAGAAACCACCCCGGGCUUGGAACAGAGCUCUGAAGUGGUCAAAGUGAGAUGAGCAGACAGGCCCAGCCAUUCUCCACUGCCACAUCCCUCAUGCAUGUCACUUGUCUCCCGCUGCAGGCCAAGGCCAAAACUGGGCUAGGCCUGGCCAGGGAACUCAGCAGCUCUUCUUGGCUGAGAUUGUACCUCUUGUUUCUCCCUGGAGAUCCAGAGGCUAGGCUGCAGCCUGCUCAGGGAAUAGCCCUCCUCUCUCCAGGAAACUUCUCGGAAAUCUUAGACUCAGCUGGUCUUAGGCCUAUGAUGGUGCGCAAAGGUUGUCCAGGGAGAAUGGGGUGUAGGAGGGCAGAUGGGGCCCCACAGGGAGCUGGUGGCUCCAGCGCCACUAGAGCUCCUAGAGAUCACACAGCAGCUGCUCCUGACAGGCAUGCUUAUGCCCAGAAAGAAACCCCAGGAGAGGCAGGCAGAGCGAAACAGCAGAGCCAGGGCCAGAGGCACCAGGAGAGGCAUUUCUGGGGCUUUGGGGAAGUGCCACAGGAGGCAGAAGUCCAGAACUGCCCAUAUAGAUGCCCUUCUGUGUUCUGGAGCCCAAAUCAGUCAUGUAAGUGGGAAGUUCCCAGGACAGUGGCCAUAUCGUGAGAAUGAGCAGGAAAGGCUGGGCCCAGAGGUGUUUAAUAAAGCUGAAGACUGAACAAAGUCCUGUGCUGAGACCCACAGACCCAGCCUAAGCUCCUGGCUAGUCUGCCUGGCCCACCUCACAGGCCACCCUGAGCCCUGCUCCCUAGAAACCUGUCUCUUCCCCGGCCUGCCAAGGUGCACCCUGCAGUGUGAUGCACAGCUCAGGCUUUUAGGAAGUCACCAGAUCCCUCUGGGCUUCAGUCUCCCACACGUCAAAUUACGCAGUUUGACCAGAUUGUUCCUAAAACUCUUUCACCUCUAAUACACUGUGAGCUUGACAGCCCCUCUGGAGGAAGGAGGAGUUGACUCCAGAAAGCUGACACUUAACAGGAGUAACUGGAGAGCUUUUGCCCUUGAGGCUAAGGGCCCCAGGCUGACUGCCACUGCCGGUAGCAGUCGCUGUGCCCAAGACAAGGGGACUGAGGUGAUGCAGCCCGCCACCCACCCCUGUGCCUCUCAGGGGAUGCAUCUGAGGUCAGGCUAAAGAAGCAAGGGACUCUGCACUGCAUGUCCACUCGAAGACAGACCAAUUGGGUCAGGAUGGCAGAGGGUUUCUAGAUGAAGCCUGCUGAGCCACAGCUGGAACAAGCAGGAGUUAUAACCCAGAAGUGGAAAGACCUGGGGCAGAGGGAGUUAACCUGAAGAACUUAGCAGAGACGGAAGGGCCUGCCCUAGAAAGUGAAGAGCCCCUUUUGCUGGAGCUGUGCAAGUGGCGGCUGCACUAUCACAUGGCGGGUCAUGGGAUGGGCCAGAUGACCAGAUGAUCCCUUUCACCCCAAUCAGGCUAUGAACUUCGAGAACUGGGAACAAAAAAGUCUGAUCUGGGUUCUCAUCAUAGCUAUUUCUGAGGAUGAAACGGGAGACCUAUGCCCAGCACGGAUGUCAAUUUAUAUAAUGUAAUGCUGGGUACCUACCACUAAGAAACAUGAGCCAAACCAUGUAGACAGUAAGUGUUCACAAAGCCACAGGAAGCAAGGAACUGCAGGGUGCCCAGUGCACGCAUUAGAGAAGCUGCAGAUAUUAGGACAAGGAGAGUCGGUGUCUUUCCAAAACAUACUUAUUUAAAAACGUGUACCUCCUUACUGAUGUGGAAUGACAGUUUGCAAGAAGUAAACUAGUACUGCUCCCCUACCCAGCAGUCACUUCCAGUUCUUUCAGCUAUUUUUAAAAUGUGGUUAUAUGACUCUUUCUUAUCAAUCUUAGACAUUACCUGUUGACUCCCUGUUGUCAUACACAAGGCUUUAGCUCUUGUACCCCUCCCCCAUCCCUAGUUUUUAGGUUAAAAAAAUACUGUUUAGAAUAUUAUUUCUAUCAUUAUGUGAAGGUUAUUAACUGCAGAGCCAAGAAUUGGAAUAUAAAUAAAUUCACUUUGUUGUACCUUUUUUUUUAUGGA